CAGCUCAGAAAUACUUUCAGUUUAUGAAGAGACACUGAGUUCAAACACAGAGGACUGUUUUCACUGCAGAAUCCAGAAGUAUAAAGGGAUAAUACACACUUUGCUGGCUGCACACAACCAAGAGGAAUGAGUUCACUUGCCACAGAAAUCUUUGUACAGGGGUCGGUGUCGGCAGUGUUCAGCUGUGUGUGAAUGAAGAAGAGUAAAUGAUGGAUCUUCAGAACUCCAGCAGUGAAGGAGAACCUCCUGUUCUAAAGGAGAAGAGAGCAGCAUCUCCAGCCCCCAGUGGAGUGUCUAUGAAGAGUGACGGGUCCAUGGGGGACCCUAUAAACUUCAGGAGUGGAGGAGGAAGCUCUGGGUCUCGAACUGAAACCCAGAGAGGAGCUUCUCCAGAGCCCAGCUGUGUUUCUAUGAAGACUGACCGGUCCAUGGGGGAACCUCAUGGUCUCAGCAGUGAAGAUAUGACCUCUGACCCACAUAGGAAGAAAAUGAACAAUUACAGGGAAAACCUGGACAACAUAUUUAAGGAGCUGCAGCAGAAGUUUAUCUCUCUGGUGAAGAACGAGCUGAACACAUUCCAGAAGCUCCUGAGUCCAGAUUACCCAGCAUGCUCUGAGAGAGAGGUGGAGGAUGGUCAGAAAGAGGGGGUGCUGAACAUCACACUGCACAUCCUGAGGAACAUGAAGCAGACAGACCUCGCUAACACACUAGAGAGCAAAUUAGCCCCAGCAUGCCAACGAAAGCUCAAAUCCAAGCUGAGGGAUAAAUAUCAGAGAAUUAAUGAAGGAAUUUCAGGCCAUGGAAACUCAGUACUUCUAAAUGAGAUUUACACAGAGCUCUACAUCACAGAGGUAGAUGGAGGAAAUGUGAAUCAGGAACAUGAGGUAAAACAGAUUGAAGCUGCAUCCAGGAAAAGGCAAACACAGGAAAGACCAAUCAAUUGCAACGACAUCUUCAAAACCUUACCAGAACAGAACCGGCCCAUCAGAAUUGUACUGACUAAAGGAGUUGCUGGAAUUGGAAAAACAGUCUCAGUGCAGAAGUUCAUUCUGGACUGGGCUGAAGGAAAAGUAAAUCAGGAUGUUCUCUUCAUAUUUCCACUUCCUUUUAGAGAACUGAAUCUGAUGAAGGAGAAGAAGCUCAGUCUGGUGAAUCUUCUUCAGAGAUUCUUCCCAGAAACACAAGAUUUAAAAAAAAGACAUUAUAAGAGCUACAAGAUCAUGUUCAUCUUGGAUGGUCUGGACGAGUGUCGACUGCCUCUGAAUUUCCAGAACAAUGAGAACUUGGUGGAUAUAGAAGAACCAACCUCAGUGGAUGUUCUGCUGACGAACCUCAUCAAGGGGAAUCUGCUUCCCUUUGCUCUCCUCUGGAUCACCUCUCGACCAGCGGCAGUCAGUCAGAUUCCUCCUGAGUGUGUUGACCAGGUAACAGAAGUGCGGGGUUUCAGUGACCCUCAGAAGCAGGAGUACUUCAGGAAGAGGAUCAGGAAUCAUGAUCUGGCCAACAAAGUCUUUACACACAUCAGGUCUUCAAGAAGUCUUCACAUCAUGUGCCACAUACCAGUCUUCUGCUGGAUUACAGCCACUGUUCUAGAGAGAAUGCUGAGUGAAGCUGAGAGUGGAGAAAUUCCCAAAACCCUGACGCAGAUGUUCACACACUUCCUGAUCUUUCAGAUCAAACACAAGAGCCAGAAGUACAGUGGGAAAAGUGACCCUGAUCCUCAGCAAACUAGAGAAAGUAUUCUGGCUCUGGGGAAACUGGCAUUCCAGCAGCUGGAGAAAGGAAACCUGAUCUUCUAUGAGGAAGAUUUAAGAGAGAGUGGCAUCAAUAUUAGAGAAGUAUCAGUGUACUCAGGAGUGUGCACCCAGAUCUUCAGGGAGGAACAUGAGCUGCACCUGGGGAAGGUCUUCAGUUUUGUACAUCUGAGUGUUCAGGAGUUCCUCGCUGCUUUAUAUGCAUUUCUCUGCUCCAUUGACCGAAAAGUUCUGUAUCACCAAAACACUGAACAGCAAACCAGUGAUCUCUCCCAGCUUUACAGCAGAUCAGCAAAGAUUAACUUGCUGAACAAAAAGGCUCUGAAACAGCAAAGUGAUGAACAGCCAAACACUGAACAGCAAAACAAUAAACACCAGUCCACUGAGAUAUCUAAACUCUUCAGCAGGUCAACCAUGUCUGACUUCCUUAACAAAGCUGUGGACAGAGCCUUACAGAGUGAGAACGGACACCUUGACCUGUUCCUUCGCUUCCUUCUGGGUCUCUCACUGGAGUCAAAUCAGGCUCUCUUACGAAGCAUACUGACCCUGACAGAGAGGAUCUCUCACAACCGUGAGGAAACAGUCAAAUACAUCAAGAAGAAGAUUGAGGAGAACUCUUCUCCAGAAAAAUCCAUCAAUCUUUUCCAUUGUUUGAAUGAACUGAAUUAUCACUCACUAGUGCAGGAAGUGCAGAAAUACCUGAGUGGAGGUGGUGACCGUCGUCUUCAUCAGGACAGACUCUCUCCUGCUCAGUGGUCAGCUUUGGCAUUUGUGUUGGUAAACUCAGAAGAAGAGCUGGAUGAGUUUGACCUCAGCAAAUAUGAGCCAUCAGAGGAGUGUUUUCUGAGGCUGCUGCCAGUAGUCAAAAUAUCCAGAGGAGCUAUUCUAGCUUCAUGUAAUCUUGGAGUAAAGACAUGUGAAUCUCUGGGAUCAGUUUUAAAGCUGGAAAACUCCUCCCUAAAAGAGCUGGACCUCAGUAAUAAUGACCUACAGGAUUCAGGAAUGGAGCUGCUCUCUGCUGGACUGAAGAGUUCACACUGUAAACUGCAGAUUCUCAGACUAGCUUCAUGUAAUCUUGGAGUAAAGACAUGUGAAUCUCUGGGAUCAGUUUUAAAGCUGGAAAACUCCUCCCUGAAAGAGCUGGAUCUCAGUAAUAAUGACCUGCAGGAUUCAGGAAUGGAGCUGCUCUCUGCUGGACUGAAUAGUUCACACUGUAAACUGCAGAUUCUCAGAGUAGCUUUAUGUAAUCUUGGAGGAAAGAUAUGUGAAUCUCUGGGAUCAGUUUUAAAGCUGGAAAACUCCUCCCUGAAAGAGCUGGAUCUUAGUAAUAAUGACCUGCAGGAUUCAGGAAUGGAGCUGCUCUCUGCUGGACUGAAGAGUUCACACUGUAAACUGCAGAUUCUCAGUUCAUCUGGGUGUAUGAUCACAGAGAAUGGUUGUCAUUCUCUGGCUUCAGCUCUGAGUUCAAACCCUUCCUACAUGAAAGCACUGGAUCUAACCUACAAUAACCCAGGAGAGUCAGGAAUUAAUGUACUAAAGGAUCCACACUGUAAACUGGAGACACUCAGAGCGGAAUAUGGAGGGAAGAUCAGAAUCAAACCUGGAUUUAAAAAAUACGGCUGUGAUUUCGCACUGGAUCCAAACACAGCACACCCUCGUCUUUCUCUGAGUGAGCAGAACAGGACGGUGGAGUGGAGAGAGGAUCAGCAGUGGUAUCCUGAUCAUCCAGAGAGGUUUAAUUGGUGUUGGCAGGUUCUGAGUAAAGAGAGAGUUACUGGGCGCUGUUACUGGGAGGCUGAGUGGAACGGAAAAGCUGCUGUAUCUCUAAGUAAUAAGACCAUCAGCAGGAAAGGAGACGGACCAGACUGUUGGUUUGGACGGAAUAUAAACUCCUGGAGUCUGAGCUGCUCUGAUAAGAGAUACUCCGUUUCUCACAAUAAUAAGAGAACUGUUCUCUCCACUCCUCCCUCCGGCUGUAGGAGAGUAGGAGUGUAUGUGGACUGUCCUGCCGGCAUUCUGUCCUUUUACAGAGUCUCCUCUGAUACACCCUCACACACUCUCACACACUUACACACAUUCUACACCACCUUCACUCAGCCUCUUUAUGCAGGAAUUUGGGUUGGUUAUGGCUCCUCAAUGACUCUGUGUAAAAUAGAAUAACCCUGUGUGUAACAGAAAGUAUGUGUAUGUGUGUGUGUGUGUGUGUGUUUGAAUAUGUGUAUAAAUAUAAGCAUGUACAAACCGGAUUACAAAAAAGUUGUGACACUAAACAGUAACAUUAAACUGAGAGAAUGUAUCAAUUUAACGGAAAAAUAUUUUGUUUCAAAAUUUCAUGGCAUCAACAAAUCCCAAAAAAGUUGGGACAAGGCCAUUUUCACCACUGUGUGGCACCCCCCUUUCUUCUUAUAGGUGAAAGAUGUGGACUGCAGGCUGGCCAUUUCAGUACCCGGAUCCUGCUCCUACAUAGCCAUGAUGUUGUGAUUGCUGCAGAAUGUGGUCUGGCAUUAUCUUGUUGAAAAAUGCAGGGUCUUCCCUGAAAGAAAUGAAGUCUAGAUGGGAGCAUUUGUUGUUCUAGAACCUGAACAUAGUUCUCUACAUUAAUGGUGCCUUUCCAGACAUGCAAGCUGCCCAAGCCACAAGCACUCAUGCAACCCCAUACCAUCAGUGAUGCAGGCUUCUGAACGGAGCGUUGAUAACAACUUGGGUUAUCCUUGUCCUCUCUGGUCCGGAUGACAUGGCGUCCCAGUUUUCCAUAAAGAACUUCAAAUCGUGACUCAUCUGACCACAGAACAAUCUUCUAUUUUGCCACACUCCAUUUUAAAUGACCUCUGGCCCAGUGCAAAUGUCUGAGCUUGUGGAGCUUGCUUAGAAAUGGCUUCCUCUUUGCACUGUAGAGUUUCAGCUGGCAACAGCAGAUGUCACGGUGGAUUGUGUUCACUGAUGAUGCUUUCUGGAAGUUUUCCUGAGCCCAUUCUGUUAUUUCCUUGAGAGUGGCAUUCCUGUUUGAGGUGCAGUGACGUUUAAGGGCCUGGAGAUCACGAGCAUCCAGUAGAGUUUUAUGGCCUUGACCCUUACGCACAGCGAUUGUUUCAGAUUCUCUGAAUCUUUUAAUGAUGUUAGUCACGGUUGAUGAAGAUAACUUAAAAGUCUUUGCUAUUUUACGCUGGGUAACACCAUUCUGGUAUUGCUGCACAAUCUUUCUGCGCAACAAUGUUGCAAUUGGUGACCCUCUUACCACCUUGGCGUCUGAGAGACAUUGAGACUCUAAGACGCUCCUUUUAUAAUCAUGUUGUCAAUUGUCCUAUUAGUGUUAAUUGGUCUUCCAGCUGUUCGUUAUAUGCUAAAUUUCAUUUUUCCAGCCUUAUUGCUACUUGUCCCAAUGUUUUUGGGAUUUGUUGACACUGAAAUUUUGAUUCAACAUGUUGUUCCUUUAAAAUGUUACAUUUACUCAGAUUAAACUUUUGAUCUGUCAUUUAUGUUCUAUUACGAAUAAAGUAUAGACCAUUGCCAUCUCCACAUCAUUGCAUUCAGUUUUUGUUCACAAUUUGUUUAGUGUCCCAACUUUUUGGAAUCCGGUUUGUAAGUAUAUAUUUAUACAGUACAGACCAAAAGUUUGGACACACCUUCUCAUUCAAUGCGUUUUCUUUAUUCUCAUGAAUACUUACAUUAGAUUCUAAAAAAGGUGAAAUAACUGAAAACAUUAGUUUCUUCUAGUUUCUUCAACAUAGCCACCCUUUCCUCUGAUUACUGCUUUGCACACUCUUGGCAUUCUCUCAUUGAGCUUCAAGAGGUAGUCACCUGAAAUGGUUUUCAGGUGUGCCUUGUCAGGGUUAAUUAGUGGAAUUUCUUGCUUUAUCAAUGGGGUUGGGACCAUCAGUUGUGUUGUGCAGAAGUCAGGUUGCUGGUGACAUUGUUGGGGAUUUAUUCAAAACUGAAGGCACACUGAACCAGAAUGGCUACCACAGCAUCCUGCAGCAACAUGCCAUCCCAUUUGGUUUGCAUUUAGUUGGACAAUCAUUUAUGUUUCAACAGGACAAUGACCCGAAACACACCUCCAGGCUGUGUUAGGGCUAUUUGACCAAGAAGGAGAGUGAUGGAGUGAUGGCGUGACCUGGCCUCCACACUCACCAGACCUGAACCCAAUCCACAUGGUUUGGGGUGAGCUGGACCGCAGAGUGCAAAACACCUCUGGGAACUCCUUCAAGGCUAUUGGAAAACCAUUUCAGGUGGCCACCUCGUGAA